AGCGCCCGCCCGCCCUCCUGCCCUUUCCCGCCUCUCCGCCCCCCAGCUCGCGGGAAGGGAGGUCGCGGCAGCGGCCUGGCGGCACCGGCGACCCUGGCGACAGCGGCGACGGUGGCGGCGGCGGUGGCGGCAGCGGCUGCAGCGGCAGCGGAGGCUGCGGCGGCGACCGUGGCAGAGGCUGUGGCGGAGGCCUCCGUAGCGGAGGCGGAAGCUGAGGUGGAGGCUGAGGUGGAGGCUGAGGUGGAGGCCGAGGCCUCAGUAGAGGAGGCAGUGGCGGAGGCCACCCGCGGGGAGGCGACGGCCGCCCUGGCAGAGGGGGAGGAGGCGGAGGCCUCCCUGGUGGCAGCGGUUGUGGAGGCCAGUGCGGCUGAAGCCGGCGCCGCCGCCGGCGCCGCCGCCGCCGCCGCAGCAGCAGCAGCAGUGGAUGCUGCGGCGCCCUCCUUGGGGGAGGCGGAUACGGAUGCGGAGGUGGCGGCGGCGGCUGCAGCUGCGGAUGCAGCUGCGGGUGCGGAGACCAACCGGGGCUCCGAGGGGAACCCAGACUUUCCUAUGGCCUCGCUGUACGUGGGCGACCUGCACCCUGAAGUGACAGAGGCAAUGCUGUACGAGAAGUUCAGCCCGGCCGGGCCCAUCCUCUCCAUCCGCAUUUGCAGGGACAAGAUCACCCGCCGCUCUCUGGGCUACGCGUACGUCAACUACCAGCAACCGGUGGACGCGAAGCGGGCCCUGGAAACCCUGAACUUUGAUGUCAUUAAGGGCAGGCCGGUGCGCAUCAUGUGGUCCCAGCGGGACCCCUCGCUCCGCAAGAGUGGGGUGGGCAACGUCUUUAUCAAGAACCUGGGCAAGACCAUCGACAACAAGGCUCUGUACAACAUCUUCUCGGCGUUCGGCAACAUCCUGUCCUGCAAAGUGGCCUGCGACGAAAAGGGGCCCAAGGGCUACGGGUUUGUGCACUUCCAGAAGCAGGAGUCCGCAGAGCGCGCCAUUGAUGCGAUGAAUGGCAUGUUCCUGAACUACCGCAAAAUUUUCGUUGGGAGAUUCAAGUCGCAUAAGGAACGAGAGGCCGAAAGGGGGGCCUGGGCCAGGCAGUCCACCAGUGCUGACGUCAAGGAUUUCGAGGAAGACACCGAUGAGGAGGCCACCUUGCGAUGAAGACAUGCCAGGAAUGAGCCAGCCAGCAGAGCCAAACCUUGGCUCCCACCCGGUUUACAACCCCCCUCUUUGCCCCCCUAACCCACCAGCAGUGUAUUGUAUUGUACUGGGAGUGCAGGUCUCUGUCUCUCUGUCUCUCUCUCUGUCUCUGUCUCUGUGUUCCUCUCUCUCUCCCUCUUCCUCUC